AUGGCAGAUUUGCCCUUGAAGCUACUGCUAGUCGUUAGUGGUCGGACAGCAGUUAAAUGGUCCGGUUGUGGCUGCGGCUCGAUGAUGGUGGUCAAGAAAGGCAAAAAUAAACACCACCCGCCAAACAUCGCCGCCGUAGCUCCCCCCUCCACCACCAAUCCCCAGCAAAUCACCCCCAAAUCAGAAUCACCCAAAAAACGAAAACUUCAAUCAAGCCUACCCGCCGCUCAGCGGCGAAGAACAGGAAACGAAGAGAAGAAGACUCACGGAGGGGUAAACGGAGGAAGCAGAGAGGCGCGAUGGGCUGAACAGCUUCUGAAUCCCUUAGCCGCCGCCAUGGAAUCGGGAAACGUUUCACGAGCACAGCAUCUCCUCUACGUCCUGCAAGAGUUGGCCUCCCCUACCGGAGACGCCAACCACCGUCUCGCUUUCUACGGCCUGAAAGCCCUAACCCGCUGCCUCACCGGCGGCUUCGCGGACAUGGAGCCAAAGGGGUUCCGAUCGGCAUUAAUUAAGUUCCACGAAGUGAGCCCCUGGUUCGCCUUCCCCAACUGCCUCGCGAACGCGGCGAUUGUAUCGGCGUCGGUGGGUGGGAGGAGACUGCACGUGGUCGACGCUGGGGUUUCGCAUGGGGUUCAGUGGCCGACGAUGCUGGAAGCACUGACGCGGAGGCCGGGAGAGCCGCCGGCGAUGGUGAAGCUGACUGUGGUUGAUGCCGGAUCGGGGGGGCCGUUCGGUUCGGCACCGGAAGGGUACGAUUUCGGACCGCAGCUGAUGAGGUAUGCGAAGUCGAUUGAUGUGGAUUUGAUAGUCGAAAGAGGGGAGAUGGCGGGGAGGAGACGGAGAGGGGAUGAGGAGAGAGUGGUGGUAUGCGCGCAGUUUAGGGCGGGGAGAGCGGGGGUGGGGUUUUUGAGAGCGGUGAGGGAGAUGGAACCGGAUUUGGUCGUGUUGAGUGAGGUGGAAGAAGGGGAAGGAGAUGGUUUAGGGUUAGGGUUAGGGUUCGGAAGCAGAGUGGAGGCGAUGUGGAGAUUUUUGGAGUCGACAAACGCGGCGUUUAAGGGGAGAGAAUGCGAGGAGAGGAGAGUGGUGGAAAGGGAGGCGGCUAGGGUUUUGGAGGAGGGGAGAGAAGGGGGGAGGGAGAGGUGGAAGGAGAAGAUGGAGGGGUUAGGGUUCAGGGAGGAGGAGUUUGGGGAGGAGGUGUUGGAGGUGGGGAGAGCUCUGUUGAGAAAGUAUGAUGGGAACUGGGAGAUGAUGCGGGGGAGUGAAGGAGGGGGGGUGAUGUUGUGCUGGAAAGGCCAAUCGGUUUCGUUCUGCUCUCUGUGGAAGCCGGUGAGGCAUAAGACGACGGCCACGGAGGCGGUGGCCGCGGCGGCUGGAGCUUAUGGUAAUGUUAUAGGGCAUUAUUAGGGUUGAGUGAGGGGAGUCCUUCGUGAUGUACAGGAAGAGGAAGAAGAGCUUCUCGUUGAGUGAGUGUAGCCAUUAAUGGUGCGAGAUAGAAGAAGCUGUGGAUUUGUAAUCUCAUGAUUAUGACUGUUGUUUGCUGUUAAAGAAUGGAAAAGAGAGAAUCUGAAAGGUAUCUCUCUGUUCUGAAGGAAUUGAAUUGAAUUGAAUUAAGA